GCGCCUCCCAGUGGUUGUGUCCGGAAGUUGUCCUGGAAACUUCCUGUAUCGGUGUUGGGUGGGACAGCGGAAGCGGCGGCUCGCAGCGCUGACAUAUUCAUUUUUGCCUGCCAGAUUUGGGACGUAUUGUACCAAGAUGCCGGCUUACCACUCGAGCCUGAUGGAUGCGGACACCAAAAUGGUGGGAAACAUGGCAUUGCUGCCCCUCAAAACACAGUUUAAGGGUCCUGCUGCGAAAGAAACCAAAGACACCGAUAUUAUUGAUGAGGCCAUCUACUACUUCAAAGCCAAUGUUUUCUUCAAGAACUAUGAAAUUAAGAACGAGGCUGAUCGAACUUUGAUCUACACCACACUUUACAUCUCCGAAUGCCUCAAGAAGCUCCAGAAGUGCAGUUCGAGGGGUCAAGGAGAGAAGGAGAUGUACACGCUGGGAAUUACCAACUUUCCCAUCCCAGGAGAACCUGGCUUUCCUCUGAAUGCCAUGUACGCUAAACCCUCGAACAAACAGGAGGAAGAAACGAUGAGGGCUUACCUGCAACAAAUCAGACAGGAGACAGGACUGAGAUUGUGUGACCGUGUGUUCGACCCUCAGACAGACAAACCAAGCAAGUGGUGGGUGUGUUUUGUGAAGAAACAGUUCAUGAACAAAAGUCUGUCUGCACCUGGCCAGUAAGAAACCACUCAGGAUCUCUGGUUCUGCGUGGGACGUGGAUGGGGUUUUUUCUUUUAUUUUCUGUCUUUUUUUUUCUUUAAUGUGUAUGUGAGUGUGUUUACUCUAAGAUUUUUUUACUGGUGAUAUCAAGUAUAUUUGACUUCUGGCCUGUCAUUCGAAGCAGAAGCCAAUCAAAUAAAAAUCUAUUAAAGAGAAACAAGACAACGGCA